GUGUGACACUUCUCAUACAAGACCUAAUUCAUAGUAACUAGUUUCCGCAUGAUUUGUUUCCAUAAAUGAAAUGUGUUUCCAUCAGAGACAAACAAAAAUUGAUUGUUCUCUAAUCUUGUAAAGCAAAGAACUGACGAAUGUUCUUUCAUUCUUCCAACCACAUGGUGUCGCUGCUCAUUUUAUAUUCGCCUUUUUAUUAUGGAAUGGACCUGCUCGCUCACCGUCGACACUUUGAACAAACUUUAUUGUCAGUGUCUGUGUUUGGCAUCGUUUCGAACAUGGGGGCACGCGUAGCUCGUCUGUUCAGAAAUUUCAACCUAGAAAACAGAGUACACCGAGAAAUCUCCAAGGAAAAGCCGCGAGCAGCACCCCGACACGAGCACCCCGGCCUGCCCUCCGCCGGCAGCUCUGAAGAAGUGGACCCAGUGAACCAGAAGAGCGACCCUCUGCUGGCAAACCUCCAGUCUGUGUUCGUGCAGUCUACAGACCCAGCAGCAGCAGCAGCAGAGGCAUCAAAAACAGAGGCGGUGAGCAAAGAAAUGGUGCGACGGCCAUUGAAAUAUAGUUUACCAGUGCACGGGUAUGGCCUGGUGGAGCUCACAGACGUUCCUAAAGGCAAACUGACCAUCACUGAGGCUCUGAAGGCCCUGGGCAGUCACCAGCAGCAGCCUCAGACAUGGACGCCAGAAAAGAUUGCUCAGGAUUAUUCUCUGGACUUGAAAGACACAAAAGCUCUUCUGGAGUUCUUCAUCCCGUUCCAGAUUCAGGUCAUACCACCCAAGACGGACAGUGCCAAGCAGAUCAAGGCUUCUUAAGACUGAACUGUUGGAAAGUGAUAGAUGAUAGACAAAAUUUGACCUGAUAUAUUUAUGUAUGUCAAUAAAAUGCAUUUGGAGUGUGACCAGAUGGAACUAAGAAGGCAAAGUUUUCAAGCCUGGGGUUUGAACCUUAUGUGGGGCUGUUUUAUGUAGAUGGAGUCAGGGGAUAUCAUUAAGCUUAAUGUAUUGAUACUCAUUAGGAAAAAUGAAUAUAACAAAAUGAAUAAAUCAGUUGAAAUAUUAAUCUUAA